AUGGAGCAGGAAGCUUAUGCAUUAAAAGAUGAAAGUGGAAUAAGAAAAGAAGAACUUAUUGCAAUUAUUAAUUCUGUGCUUGUCUCAAUUUCUGAAUCACAACAUUCAAAAUACACUAAUUUAAAAAAUAAGUCAAAAGUUAUAUUACUAACCAUUUUACAAAAAAUACGAGAUUUGAGUAAUGAUAAAGAAAUUGUAGAUGAAGAAAAUAUAAUUA